AUGAAGGAGGAUCAUGACGCAACGGAGGAUCAAGACAUGGCGCAGCUCGUGCUCAACCUCUGCAUCCCGGAGCUCCGGGAGAAGGCUCUCCUCUUCCUCUCCAAGGUGGUCAGCAACCCAGAGAAGACACCACUUCACAUCUUCUUCUGUAGCUAUGAUUUGAGUGACAUUCCUGCUGGAACCAAGCCUUUCAUGCGGCAAAAGAUCGCUCUAUCCUCUGCUUCUCCCUCUUAUCCGAGCAGAGAAGGAAGCAAGGCCAGUGAUGUAAAGGUCGAGUCAGUCCAGUGUGGAAGUGAACUUAUAGAGUGCGGUGCUCUAUUUUCUGAAUGUUUGGACAAUAGGCAUGAGUCGGAAAAGGGAGGUUCUGCAGAUAUGGAGUGUUUUCCCAUGGAGUGUGACGUUAGAGAACCAAAUGCAUACGCUACUUCGGGGAAUUCAGAAAAUGAUGCUAAUGCUGAGGGUUGCUGCUGUCAAAUAGACUCAUGUCAAGGUGGAAAGAAAUCUUUCAGUAGAUCUCCCAAGGUCAAUGACAUUCCAGCUCGAGGGGUUCUGCGGUAUGCUUUGCACUUACAUUUUCUGAGCCCCUUCUCCAAGAACCCAUCAAAAUCAAGGCAGCAUUGCAAAUUGGAUCUGUCAUCAGAACCGCACACUCGCAGUAGGACUGAGGAAGAGAGAAGAUUUUAUCUUUACAAUGAUAUUAGAGUUGUCUUCCCUCAGAGGCAAUCAGACUCUGACAAAGGCAAGCUGCGUGCUGAGCAUGACUUCCCAGCAAAUCCCAAGUAUUUUGACAUAAGCAACUAA